AUAAUUUAUACACACAUGACACACCCAGAACAUCCUAACCCUACCCACUUUCUCUGUCGCCGUCUGCCUCGGCCUCUCACUUCUCUCAUCGUCUUUCUCUGUUUCGCUGCAUCGGCGUCUCCGCUUCACUUCCUUCGACGGCUCUGGCUCGGCUUCGACGCUCUCAUCGUCUCUCUCUAUAUCACAGCCUCUCCGGUUCUCCUCCCUAGGCGCCUUCGACUCUCUGCCCUCAACGCUUUCGAGUUUGAAGCCCCAACUCUCAGCAUACCUGUGCGACAACCCAUUGUACAGGACUACAGCAGUUUAGCAAAUUUCUCCCUUCAAGCAACCGGUUACACACUCCGAGGCCCCAACGUCGGUCGCCAAUCCAGGGCCACUACCUCUCGUCACACGCUAUGCUACAAAUCAUGUCUCUUGAGUCUGGACAACGAAGAAAUGAAAGAAUAGGACUGAACUAAAGCUACAAAAUCUGUAAGACAAUGGAAAAACGUAAGCAUUUAUUACCCCUUUUGAUGCCUAAGCAAUAAACAUAGAACUGUCAGUUUACUAUUUGAUUUUGAAUGUUUUUGUAGAUAAAUAUAAAACUCAUUUUCUUAGUCUCAGAGCAUAGUGUCACAUAAUAAAAACAUUAUAAUCUAGAAUAACUUGCUCUAUAAUUUAGAUUUACCAUGAUAUACUCUCACUUUUCACAGCAACUGAGAUGUGAAGAACAACACUGCAUGAACUGUUCACUUCAACAGCUUGAGAUAAAUCCUAACUAUGAAUCUAUAGUUUAGACUACAUAUUUAAACAAAUUUCAACCAUAUUGACAAUAGUGGUUAGAUUACCUGUUCAAAGUCAUCAACAUCUUCCUUAUCCUCUUCUAUCAUUUUAGAAAUCAAGUCAUUGUCUUGGUGUUCAACUAAUAGGUAUCAACUAAUAGUUCAUAUCUUACCAGUCUAAUCACAGUAAAAGCUGAGGCUGAGGUAGUACCCCUUUGUUGGUCUUUCUUAAAUCCAAUCUUGAACAGCAUAGCCAUGCCAAUCAGUGUCUCCAGUUCUGGCGGGAUAUCAACAUGAAUCUCCAAAAUAUUGUUAACAAAAAAAGAGGUAGAUGUUUAGAUAGAUAAACCAAUAAGUAUAGAAUAUUAAUAUACCUGAUUGUAUUUCUUAUACAAAAUACUUGCUGGGACUCCAUCUAACUCAGCAACCUCCCAUAGUUUGUAGAGCUCUUAUUUCUUUUACAUAUACAUACUGAGAAGGCAUCCUCAAAGGUGAUUCACAAAUUCGCAGAGAGGUUUAAGUGCUUUAUUCGUGUGGACAAUUGGCUCGUUGGCUUUCAGAUUUGUAAUGUAUUUAUAGGGAUUUUACAUUCUUUUCUUACAUUACUUACAUACGGUAAUAAUUGUAGGUUUUUAAUAAUGUAUUGGAGAUUGAAGAGGCGAUUAGGCACAAUUAAUUGGCGAGACUGUUGAUAUUCUACUAAGAAUAUUAAUCAGUAUUUAUAUUUGAAUAUUUGAUUAUUAUAUUUGAAAUCUGAUCAAAGAGGAUGAUGUAAUUAAAUAUUUGUUAUUAAUGUUUCUUUGGGAAUGAACGGGCAAGACAGUGUAAUUAAA